UCGUUCUUAACCCAGAAUUUCCCCCCAUUUGCACCUAAAUAGAGUCCCCCGACUCCCCAGUGAAAGCUUCUGCCCUUUGCUCCUGUACCCACGGGGUAAUCUGUUGGCUUUUGGCUGUGAAAGGGGCACUGCGACUAGCUAUAGACAAGAAGAACCCGUUGCCCGCCGCUGUCAACCAUGCAUUUGGUGCCAAAGGAGCUUGACAAGCUCGUCAUCUCCCAGUUGGGAUUCCUGGCCCAGCGUCGUCUCGCACGCGGUGUGCGACUCAACCAUGCUGAAGCUUCGGCCUUGAUCUCUUCCAACUUGCAGGAGUUGAUCCGCGAUGGACACUACUCCGUGGCCGAUCUCAUGUCCAUCGGCAAGACCAUGCUGGGUCGCCGCCAUGUGCUCCCCUCGGUGGUCUCAACCCUGGUGGAACUGCAGGUCGAGGGAACCUUUCCGACUGGCACCUAUCUCGUGACCGUGCACCACCCGAUCAGUAGCGACGACGGGGAUCUGGAAAAGGCACUGUACGGGAGUUUCCUGCCCAUCCCACCCGCCGACGCGUUCCCGGACCCGGACCCCACCGACUACACGCCGGAAAGCAUGCCAGGCGCCAUUGUGCCGGUCCCGAAUAGCCGCAUCACGCUCAACGAGGGAAGGAAGCGCAUCAAGCUCAAGGUCAUGAGCAAGGGUGACCGGCCCAUCCAGGUCGGCUCGCACUACCACUUCAUCGAAACCAACCCGCAGUUGCACUUUGACCGCCUCCGGUCGUAUGGCUACCGGCUGGACAUCCCUGCCGGUACGUCGGUUCGGUUCGAGCCGGGUGACACCAAGGUCGUCACCCUCGUGGAGAUCGGCGGUCACCGGAUCAUUCGAGGCGGAAACUGCCUGGCUCCCGGCAAGGUGGAUGUCAGCCGAGUGGAAGAAAUCAUGAUGCGCUUGCAGGCGCACGGAUUCGCGCAUAUCCCGGAACCCACUGCCGAUGCUGCACUUGUGUCCCCCUUCUCCAUGGAGCGGGAGGUGUAUGUGCGCAUGUUUGGCCCCACGACCGGGGAUUUGGUUCGUCUGGGGUUGACUAACCUCUGGGUGCGAGUUGAGAAGGAUUAUACGAGUUAUGGAGAUGAGUGCACAUUCGGUGGUGGCAAGGUUAUUCGCGAUGGUAUGGGCCAGUCUUCGGAGAAGUCGACCACAGAGUGUCUGGAUACUGUUGUGACGAACGCGCUGAUCAUCGACUGGACCGGCAUCUACAAGGCCGAUAUUGGUAUCAGGGAAGGACUAAUUGUGGGUAUCGGCAAAGCGGGCAACCCAGACAUCAUGGACGGCAUCACCCCGGGGAUGGUUAUCGGCUCUUCGACGGACGUGGUUGCGGGCGAGAACAAGAUUGUCACCGCGGGUGGCUUCGAUACUCACAUCCAUUUCAUCUGCCCUCAACAGGCAGAUGAGGCGCUGGCUUCCGGGAUCACGACAUUCUUGGGCGGAGGUACGGGUCCCUCGACCGGGUCCAACGCCACCACCUGCACCCCUGGACCCACGCACAUGCGCCAGAUGAUCCAGGCGUGCGAUCGCAUCCCCUUAAACAUUGGCAUCACGGGUAAGGGCAACGACUGCGGUGGCGUGAGUAUCGAAGAGCAGAUCAAGGCGGGUGCGGCCGGCCUGAAGCUGCACGAGGACUGGGGCUCCACGCCCGCUGCAAUCGACAAGUGUCUCGAGCUGUGCGACCAGUACGAUGUGCAGUGCAUGAUUCACACAGACACGCUGAACGAGUCCGGAUUCGUCGAGCAGACCAUUGCGGCCUUCAAGAACCGCACCAUCCACACCUACCACACGGAGGGGGCCGGCGGCGGCCACGCCCCGGAUAUCAUCUCGGUGGUAGAGCACCCCAACGUGCUCCCCAGUAGCACUAACCCGACCCGUCCGUUCACCAUGAACACCCUGGACGAGCACCUCGACAUGCUGAUGGUGUGCCAUCACCUGUCUAAGAACAUCGCGGAGGAUGUUGCCUUUGCGGAGAGCCGGAUCCGCGCGGAGACGAUUGCUGCUGAGGAUGUCCUGCACGACCUCGGCGCGAUCAGCAUGAUGUCCUCGGACUCGCAGGCCAUGGGCCGCUGCGGCGAGGUCAUCCUGCGGACGUGGAACACGGCCCACAAGAACAAGGCGCAGCGCGGGUUCCUGCCCGAGGACGAGGGCACGGGCGCCGACAACUUCCGCGUCAAGCGCUACGUGAGCAAGUACACGAUCAACCCGGCCAUCGCGCAGGGCAUGUCGCAUUUGAUCGGCAGUAUUGAGGUCGGCAAGAUUGCGGAUUUGGUUCUGUGGUCGCCCAGCUCGUUUGGCACCAAGCCUACGCAGGUACUGAAGAGUGGAAUGAUUGUGAUGUCCAAGAUGGGCGACCCCAACGCCUCCAUCCCCACCGUGGAGCCAGUAAUUAUGCGUCCUCAAUUUGGGGUCAAUGUCCCCAGCACCUCGAUCAUGUUCGUCUCGCAGGCCUCGAUCGACGCCGGCGUCGUUCAGACCUACGGCAUCCAGAAGCGCAUCGCGGCCGUCAAGAACUGCCGCAACGUCGGCAAAGCCGACAUGAAGUUCAACGACGUCAUGCCGCGCAUGAAGGUCGACCCGGAGAGCUAUCGCGUGGAGGCGGAUGGGGUUCUCUGCGAUGCAGAGCCGGCGGAGACUCUGCCUCUGACGCAGGAUUAUUUUGUGUACUGAGGGGGGUCCGGCUUCGAUGGUGAUGGUGGUAUGGCGUGCGAGAUGGUUUUUAGGGGAGGGAAGAUGGGUUGGCAUGGUCGGUUAAGGAUGAAAGAGUCUGUGACGAGUUUCCUUGAUGAUGAUGUUGAUGAUACCUUUUGGUUUUCUUUGGUGGUGUCUUUUCAUAUAUACUAGCCCUUUUCUUAUUCUUGUAUACAUUCCAUUUCCGAGGUAGAUGACUUUAGUCGGAUUUUAUAUCGAUUGUGU